AUGAGCGACACUGUGGCGUAUUUGGACUCCCUGUUUGGCUCAUCAUAUGCUGAAUCACAGCCCAAGAUUGACAUCGAGCACUGCUACAAGAUCCUCGACGGCUGCCCCUGGAUCUUCCCGCGGCCAGUGUACGUCCUCACCCUGGGGGAGCUCAGGCCAGGGGACCCCCUCGCCUCCGCGGGCGGCGGCGGCGGCGCGGGCGGCGAUGGGGAGGGCCUCGUUGGCAGCACCUACACGCUGCGCACCAAGGUCACGCAGGAGGGCGCGGCCGAUGCGCUGGCACAGCUGCUGGGCCGGCCACACCUGGCGUCAUCCCUGGACGUGGCCCAGAUGCGUGACGGCGUGGUCACGUUUGAGGACAGCGACGCCGCCGCGCGGUUCGCGACGCGCCUUGAGGAGGAGGGCGAGACGCAGGUGACGGUUGCUGAGGUGGACUCCCACAAGCUCUUCCGCCUGGCCUCUGACUCAUCGGCCCUGGUGGUGCUGGUCGAAGGCGGAGAGGGUGGCGAGCUGCCGGCGCCGUUCCAGCUCGCGGCCGCGCUCAAGAAGCAGCGCGCCUGGGACGACAUGUGA